AGUAUACUAUUGAUAUUGUUAUUAAGAUUCUAUCUUCUGCAAUGGCCUGCGUUAGCUUCACAUUAACAUACAAUUCAUUUUAUGUUAAUGGCGAAACAAUAAUGUAUUUAAUGGAACAACUUCAGCAUAUCUAUGAACACAUAAAAGACAAAAAUGAAUUAGUCAUCAUCGAAAGAUAUGAAAACAAUGCGAAACAUUAUACGAUUGGAUUCCUAACACUUUUUUUUGUCAUACUACCCAUUUAUCUAUCUGCCCACAUCUGGCCUGGUUUUUUCGACAUUAUUUUAUUGACAAUAUUAAACAAACCUCAAUUACGACAUCUGCAGAUUACGACUAACUAUUCUGUAAAUCAAAAACAAUAUUUAUAUAUACGACAACUGCAUAUGGUUGUUGCUAUUUUAAUAGGGAUUGUUGCAGUGAUAGCAACUGGAGCAAUGCUCAUUACUUAUAUUCAACAUGCCUGUGGAAUGUUUAAAAUUGCCAGUUACCGUGUCAAAAACGUAAUGCAGAUUCAUAUAUUGCAAGAUGUUAAUUUAAAAAAAGAGAGUUUAAUUCAUAAGAAUAUAAUUUGUGCUGUAGAUAUUCAUCGUAAGGCUAUGAAGUUGGUACCCUUAUUUCGUAAUAUAUAA